AUAUAUAGAGUCGGUUCAGUUUUCUUUGUCAAGUUAACCAAUGGAGAAGUCGAGCAACAGCAGCAGCAGCUCUAACAAAAAGGGUUUAUCAAUCCGAAAUCUUCCAGGCAUCUCGAGCAGCAGAAUAGAGGAAGAAGCUGGUAUCUCACGCCUCGUCGGAGGAAUAGUGGAAAAGGGUUUCUCCUCUACUACCACCAGACCCAGUGACAAGAACCCUCCUGGCCCCUUCUCUCUCCCUCGCCCCACUGUUAUUCCUUUCCCUGUUGCUCGCCACCGCUCACAUGGUCCCCAUUGGGCUCCGUUGGGUAGUCAAAUGCAAUACACUGGUGAUGUAGAUGGUGACAAUGAAGAUAAAGAUGAGACUGAUUUUGAUCCUAUAUCGUCUUUUGCCAAUCCAAUACAUAGGAAGCAAAAGAAAAGCUUGAAUUUUAGCAGGUGGAGAGAACUAGUAAGGGAAACCAACGGAUCUACUAUUACCCAAAUGAAGGGAAUGGAUAAACCUGCCAUGGUAGAAGGUGGGAAACCAGAUGGAGAAAGAGGAAACACCAAAAUUAUAGAUAAAAGGGAUAACUUGCUUCACCAAUCUGCCCUUGCAAUAGCGAAUGGGGAACUUCCUGAAAACUCAAAUAGGUCAUCGCUUCUACCGGAAGAUGAUGAUUCUACUGUCACCCAAGAAAAGAAUAUGGAGGGACCAACCCUUGUGGAAGUUGGAAACCAGAAUGGGGGAACAGAAGAGACUGAAAGUGGAGAAAAGAUUAGUAUUGUGCUUGACACAUCUACCAAUAGAGAAAUGGAGGAAGAACAGCACAACAAUUCAAUGAAGUCUCAGUUUAAAAGUGGGAUUGCUAUUAAAGCUGAUUCUUUUUCAGGUUUUCGAGGAUCAAUGUCCAAAGUGGAACAAGAUAAUCUAAAAUUUUCACCUAAUCCAGAAGACAUUCGAUGUGAGGGACCCAAGUCCAUUGAGAAUCAAAUUGACGCUGAGAAUCGUGUGAGGUUGCAGCAAAUGUCAGCUGCUGAGAUUGCUGAAGCACAGGCUGAGAUAAUGGAGAAAAUGAAGCCUGGAUUAGUAGGGGUCCUAAAAAAGCGUGGGCUGAACAAAUUGCAGAAGCAAAAAACCAUGACAUCAGAUCUGGAUAGUAGUUGCCAGCUGGGAACUCCCAAAGACGAGAAUCACGUGGACAAAGCCCCAAAAGGCGCUUCACAAUCUGAAGUUGGUGAAAAGUUCCAUAUUGCGAAAGAAACAGCUGCCAAAGAUAAACAGGAGGGACAUGUUAAUGGUGGUGUUUUGCAGAUGUUAGGCACCCAAAACAGCUUGUGGAAUGCGUGGAGUGAGAGAGUUGAAUCAGUCAGGACAUUGAGGUUUUCCUUGGAUGGCACUAUUUUGGAAAAUGCUUUUAUCCAAGUAUCUAAGACUGGUGAUAUCCCCAAUCAUGGUCAAUUAAGUGUUGAUAAUGUCACUGAACGUGAUUUCCUGCGAACUGAGGGGGAUCCUGGUGCUUUAGGGUACACAGUUAAAGAGGCAAUAGCAAUGACAAGAAGCAUGGUUCCAGCACAGAGAGCUAUUGCAUUACAGGUCCUUGGUACAGUGCUUGAUAAGGCUCUGUGCAACUUGCAACAGAGUCAAGUUGGGUGUAACAUGAGUACUGACAAUAAUAUUGAGAAGAAUGUUGACUGGAAGGCUGUUUUGGCUUUUGUUCUUGGCCCAGAACCUGAGCUUGUUUUAUCACUGAGGAUGGCUUUAGAUGACAACCACACCUCUGUAGUUUUGGCUUGUGCGAAAGUCAUUCUGUGUGCACUGAGCUGCGACAUAAAUGAAAAUGUUUUUGACAUUUCAGAGAAAAUGACAACAUUUGAGAGGGCUAUCUGUACUGCUCCUAUAUUUCGUAGUAAACCAGGGAUAGAUGUUGGUUUUCUUUGUGGUGGAUUUUGGAAAUACAGUACAAAGCCUUCCAAUAUCCUCCCAUCAGGCAGUGACAUUGUGGAUGAUGAGAAUGAGGAAGAACAUACCAUUCAGGAUGACAUUGUUGUGGCUGGACAAGAUUUUGCUGCAGGUCUUGUUAGGAUGGGAGUCCUUCCAAGGAUACGGUAUCUUCUAGAGACCCACCCUUCUGCAGCAUUGGAAGAAUGCCUUAUUUCUAUACUGGUUGGAAUAGCGAGACAUUCCCUGACUUGUGUAAAUGCUAUUAUGAAAUGCGAAAGGCUUGUCCAAGUGAUUGUUGACAGGUUUAGCAAGAAAGACUCUAUGGAAAUUCACCUUUCAAGGAUAAAAUUUGUGACCCUCUUAAAGGUGCUAGCUCAAUCUGACAAGAAGAUUUGCAUAGGUUUCGUAGAAAGAGGGGUUUUCCAAGAUGCUACUUGGCAAUUGUAUCGUCCUGCAUUUUCACUUGACCACUGGAUAAAAUCAGGAAAGGAAUAUUGUAAACUAACAUCUGCAUUGAUGGUUGAGCAACUUCGCUUCUGGAGAGUUUGUAUUCAAUAUGGGUGUUGCGUAUCAUAUUUUGCAGAUUUUUUCCAGGCCUUGUGCCUAUGGUUGAGUCCCCCUACUUUUGAUAAACUAAUUGAGAUGAAUGUUCUUAGUGAAUUUGCUUCCAUCAGCCAGGAAGCAUACCUUGUUCUAGGUGCCUUGGCCAAAACACUCCCAAAACUUCAUUCCCAGGAGCAGCUUCGAAAGCAAAAUCCAGAGUUCGCCAUUGUUAAUAUGGGGAAUUGGUGUUGGAGUUAUGUUGGUCCAACGGUUGAGUUAGCUAUGAACUGGAUAUCAUUGACAAGUAAUCCUUACUUAUCUAAAAUCUUUGAUUUGCACAAAGGAUUUCAUACUAACUUUGUUGCCCGUGAUUCUUCUUUGAGCUGUAUUCUGUGGGUGAUUUCAUCUGUCAUGCACAUGCUAUCUAGCAUACUCGAACGAGUUGCACCAGAUGACACCUAUAUCCAGCAAGGAAGUGGUAACGUGCCAUGGCUGCCUGACUUUGUCCCUAAGGUUGGGCUCCAAAUUGUGAAAAGUAGAUUUUUGAACUUCUCAGAUGUUACAGGAUAUGAAACUGUUCCUAGUGAAGAAAGUUUUUUUGUCAACAAUCUAUGUCAUUUGAGACAUGAAAGUGACAAUGAAACAUCUUUAUCUUCUACAAGUUGCCUUAAUGCAUUAGUCCGGCUUAUAGUUUCCAUUGACAAAACCAUCCUGGUAGCUAAGAAUGAGAGUAGUAAUCAGUACUCGCAAGAAAACAGUUUCUCAAGGGAUGGUAAAAUUCUGGAGGAUGGAAUAAUUAUGUGGUCUCAGGGUCAACUGCGAAACUUACUGAUCACUUUCAUGGAGUUAGUUGCUUUAGACUGGAACAAUGUGCAGUCAAUUGAGACCUUUGGUAGAGGAGGACCUGCUCCAGGGAUUGGUUUUGGCUGGGGUGCCUCUGGUGGAGGGUUUUGGUCUACAUCUGUUUUGCUGGCGCAAGAAGAUUCACAAUUGCUCGUGAACUUGCUUGAAAUCUUCCAGAUGGUGCUUGAGAAAGACCUCUCUGCAGCUGAAGACAUGGCUUUUACUCUUCAAAGGAUUAAUUCUGCCCUUGGAGUGUGCUUAACUGUAGUGCCAAGGGGUAAAGUCAUCAUGGAAAAGGCACUGGAUAUCUUACUUGGAGCCCCUGUCCUGAAGUCCCUUGGUGUCUGUGUUGAUCAAUUUCUUCGGCUUAACAGGAGGAUCAAAUCAUUUGACUGGGAGUAUAAAGAAGAGGAUUACCUCUACUUCGGUAAGAUUUUGACUAAUCAUUUCAGAAACAGAUGGCUUUGCGUAAAGAAGUCCAAAGCAGUGGAUAGCAAUAGUGACUCCACCCUUGGGAAAUCUAAGAAAAACACUGAUGCUCUGGAUACCAUUCACGAAGACUUAGAUGAAUCUGAUGUGACUGGUCAUGAUUCUAACCGUAAUUCUUUGGUAGUAGAGUGGGCUCACCAGAGAUUGCCACUUCCCAUGCAUUGGUUUCUCAGUCCAAUUUCAACGAUUUCUGACCGUAAAGCUGCCCAUGACCUUCCAAAUGUUUCCAGUGUACAGAGUAGCAUCUGCUCUUCAACUGAUGAAAUCCUAGAGGUUGCAAAAGGUGGAAUUUUCCUUCUUUUUGGUCUUGAAGCAAUGGCCUUGUGCACGGAUAUCCAACACUCACCAGUUUCAGCUGUGUCAUUGGUUUGGAAAUUACAUUCUUUGUCCAUGGUAUUACUUGUCAGAAUGGAUGUCAUUGAAGAUGAGAGAAGCAGGGAUGUGUACAGAACCUUGCAAGAGCUGUAUGGGCAGUAUCUUGAUGAAUCAAGAAGCAACAGAAGCAUUAAUCCUUGUUUGGACAAGAUUGAUAAUUUAUUAACGGAAACAGGAAAUAAUUAUGGAGUAGAAUAUCUGAAGUUUCAGUCCGAUGUUCAUGAGAGUUACCCAACAUUUAUCGAAACUUUUGUUGAGCAGUUCGCUUCAGUAUCGUAUGGUGAUGUGAUUUAUGGCCGGCAAGUGGCAAUGUAUCUACAUUGUGCUGUUGAAGCACCAGUUCGACUUGCUACCUGGAAUGCACUAUCUAGUUCACAUGUCCUUGAACUCUUGCCUCCUCUUGAUAAUUGCCUGGCUAAGCCGGAAGGAUACCUAGAACCUAUUGAGAAUAAUGAAGGGAUUCUGGAGGCUUAUGUAAAGUCAUGGAUUUCUGGGGCCCUCGACAGAGCUGCUACUCGAGGAUCAAUGGCAGUUACAUUGGCAUUGCACCACCUUUCAUCUUUCAUUUUCCACAGUUGUACUGAUGACAAGUUGCUUCUUAGGAAUAAGCUGGUGAAGUCUCUCCUGCGUGACUACUCUCGUAAGCAGCAACAUGAGGGCUUGAUGCUGGAUUUUAUUCAAUAUACUAAGUCAGCAAAAUCUCAAGGUGGUGCUUUACUUCCAACUGAUGAAUUAGAAAGAAGGUUCAAGUUGUUGACUGUAGCUUGUGAAGGAAAUUCUUCUCUUUUGACUGAACUUGAGAAACUGAAAUCCUCUAGUGAAAGAAGAUAGUAUCCAAGGCUUGAAAAUUUUCUGUAUAUUCUACACAUCCUAUCGUUUUACAGCAAGCCCCUCCACGAAAGAUUUAAAGGAUUCAAAACCAUUUGCCUGCCCCAGCUGGGGUCUUCUUUGCCAACAGAUGGACUGCACCAUUAGCUACCCAAGGAAAGGUGCAAGAUUCAGGAUCUGCAACUGCAGUUUUGAAUACCAAAGUUUUGGCACUGGUAGAGUAUAAGAGUAGUAGUUAUAAGUUACCUUUGUAAA